UCCUCUCGCAACCGGCCAAGCUCCUGGGUGGCUCCAUUCACCUACCGCUGACGUCCUCGCUCCUGCCUCCGCCGCCGUCUCCGCCGUCCUGCAUAGCUCCUCCCUCCUCCACCCUCGCCGCGUCACAUCGGUAGCUGCGUGCAGCAACCCGGAGCAGGAACAGCGCUGAGAUACACGAGCCCCAGUCGAGAGCCGUCCACCGUAGCCAUGGCCACCAACAGUCCGGCUCCCAACCUCGACAUGUACGUCGUCAUACAUGUAGCCACUACGUGCGAUGAGCACGGGGUCUAUGUGACCAAGGACUCUGCAGAAGUGAUUGAGCUCGGCUGGAUUCUGCUGGAUGCAAAGUCCUGUGAAGAGCUGCACCGCGAAAGUGUCCUGGUCAAGCCGGUGAACACGCCGAUUACAGCUCUAUGCACGAGUCUUACGACUCUGACCUGGGACCAAGUCCGAAACGCCGGCACCUUCCGAGAUGCCAUCAGCCGAUUUGAUGGCUUCGCCCAAGAGCAUCUCCUCCCGAAGAACCUCGAGUUCGCCUUCGUGACGCUCGACUCGUGGGAUCUGCGAGUCCAAUUGCCGCGUGAGGCCCGCGAUAAAGCCGUCGUGCUCCCUCCGUACCUGCAGCACUCACGGACAUUCGAUCUGCGCACCGAAUACCAGCGGUGGCAAGCGCACCACCCCGAAUCCUUGCCUUUCGGGUCCAGUGCACUUUCCAACAUCUGUGCUGCGCUUGAGGUUGAGCCGGUGCAGUCCUCUGCCCCAAUUAAGCACAAUCUCCCCUUUCACUUGCAAGCACUCGCGCCUGCCUCGCCAAGACGCGCGAUGGAGGAAGCAGUGACCCUCGCCCGCGUACUAAGAGGCUUAAUUCGCAAAUCACAGCCUCCACAAGAGCAUCCCGACGUUCUCACCAAACCAAUGGAUGCCCGUGCCGACGUCAGAGCGUUCCUCUCGGAGCGCAGCAAAGUGCUCCACAUGAGCGGAUUGCCUCAUGAUACCACCCAGUCUGAGCUCGAGAGCUGGUUCACUCAGUUCGGUGGUCGUCCUAUCGCCUUCUGGACCCUUCGUACGCCCGAUCAGCACAAGCCAACCGGCUCCGGCUUCGCCAUCUUCUCUUCCCACGAGGAGGCCGCCGAAAGCCUCUGCAUGAAUGGUCGUGCUCUCAAUGAGAAGGCCAUCGAGGUGUCUCCCUCCUCCAGCCGCGUCCUGGACCGUGCCGCCGACAUCCUCACGCCGUUCCCCCCGAGCAAGAAUCGUCCCCGCCCCGGUGACUGGAACUGCCCCUCCUGCGGCUUUUCCAACUUCCAGCGUCGGACUGCCUGCUUCCGCUGCUCUUUCCCUGCCAUGCAGGCCCCUCCGGGAGACCCAUCAAUGGCAUACAGUGGUUACGGCUACGGCCACCCGUCCAUGAUGGGCCCUCCACAGCACCACAUGGGCCAUGGUCACGGUAUGGGCGGCCAGGGCGGGGGCCACAUGCGCGGAGGCACCAGCAUUGUCCCCUUCCGUGCCGGUGACUGGCGCUGCGGAGAGAACGGCUGCGGAUAUCACAACUUCGCCAAGAACGUCCAGUGCCUGCGUUGCGGUGCUAGCCGUGCAGGCGCUACCGUCGUGGCCGACUCUGCCUUCCCGUCUCCCAUGGAGCCGUCGAACAACUUCGGUGGCAUGGGUCCUCCCUCGAUGGGCGGAACCCCCGGACCGGGACCUUUCGGCGCGGCUGCUUUCGCUACUGGUGGCUUCCCUGCCCAGCAAUUCGGAGGCCUUCCAAGCUCCUAUGGACCUCCAUCUGUCGGUGGGGCGAGCCCGUAUCCUCCCAUGGGUGCACAAUACGCUCCCAACGGCAUGCAGUCCACACCCUUCGACAGCCGCGCCGCUGAGGCUGCUUUCACCUCCGCCGAUCCCUAUCCGGCUCAGGGUGCCAUGAACGGUGGAGACGGACGCAACGACCCCUUCUCGUUCCUGUCGACCGGCUUUGGCUCGCUGUCUAUGAACGACGACCGCCGCAAUGCGUCCAACGCGGCUAACAAGUCUCCUGCGUAAACCCUCGUACAUACAGCUAUGGGUCUCGCUCAGUCUGAAUAUUGCUCGAACAUUUUGGCAUGGGACGGCUUCUUUGGCAAGGUCGGCGCGGGUAAGAACGAUUUGUGGGUUCUUCAGACUGGUUAAGAUCUGUGGCAUUUGCGGGCUCUCUGGCAUGGAACGGCAGAGACUAUAGAUUGGAGAUCUCGGCAAUGGUGUUUGAUACCUUCGGGACUGAUGGUGUUCGGGGCAUCAAAACUUUCAAAAGCCUGGCGGGAAAA